UUUUCUUCCAAUGCCUCUUCUUCACUACCGUUGCUGUUUCUCUGGAAACGAUGCCGUUCUGUAGUUUCUUUCAGGAAAUGCAGAAACUGGUUUCUCUACAAACUUCUUCUUCUUCUUCUCCUUCGUUUUUCUUCUCCUAAAUCUGCCGAUUUGAAUCUCGCAACGACGCCGUUUUAGGUUUCUUAUCCCUUUCCUUAUUUUAAGUUUUGAAUAAUCCAAGUAACGGUUUCUUGUUUAUUUAGCUAAUAAUGUUGUGUUAUCGACUGGCUCAAUUUUGAUGGGCUGUUAAUUUCUCUGUGAAUGCGAGGAAAAUAAUCUGUAAAUUUUUCCAGAUUUUCUCCGAAAAUGUUUAAUUUUGACAACACUGGACACCAAUAAAGCUUAAAUCUUGCAUGUUUUAUGAGGAAAGAUUCGAUUUUUACGACUGGGUUAUCUUACUCUCUUUUUUUUUUCCAAGUUUUUUCAUCAUAAGAAUAAUUAGUGUUCGUGGCUAAUUAUCAUUAAGGUUGGUGGGUCGUUUUAGUCCCAAAACUUUUAGAAGAAUCGAAGAAAGAAAGUUUAACCUUUUCCGUUUUAUUGACUACUUUUGCUCAUUCUAUUUGAUAUUUUAGUUAUAAUCUCCAGAAAGAUUUUAUAGACGAAAUUAAGAAGGAGGUGAAUUUCAGAGUUUGUCAAUGGAGAAUUACGAGGUUCUUGAGCAAAUUGGAAAAGGUUCCUUUGGGUCAGCUCUUCUUGUGAGACAUAAACAUGAGAAGAAACUGUAUGUUUUGAAGAAAAUCCGGCUUGCUCGGCAGACUGGUAGGACAAGAAGAUCUGCUCAUCAAGAGAUGGAGUUGAUUUCAAAGAUACAUAAUCCAUUCAUUGUGGAAUAUAAAGAUUCUUGGGUUGAAAAGGGAUGCUAUGUGUGCAUUAUCAUAGGCUAUUGCAAAGGAGGAGACAUGGCGGAAGCAAUAAAGAAAACCAACGGCGUACACUUCACUGAAGAGAAACUCUGCAAAUGGCUUGUUCAGAUCUUAUUGGCUCUUGAAUACUUGCAUGCCAAUCACAUUCUCCAUCGAGAUGUCAAGUGUUCGAACAUAUUUUUGACAAAGGAUCAAGAUAUACGCCUUGGCGAUUUUGGACUCGCUAAAGUCUUAACAUCAGAUGACCUCGCGUCUUCAGUGGUUGGAACACCAAGCUACAUGUGUCCCGAGCUACUAGCUGAUAUACCCUAUGGGUCCAAGUCUGAUAUUUGGUCGCUAGGAUGUUGUAUGUAUGAGAUGACGGCUAUGAAACCUGCUUUCAAAGCUUUUGACAUGCAAGGACUAAUCAACAGGAUUAACAGAUCAAUCGUUCCUCCACUUCCGGCGCAAUAUUCUGCUGCCUUCCGAGGUCUCGUUAAGAGUAUGCUCCGGAAAAAUCCAGAACUCAGACCAAGUGCUGCUGAGCUUCUUAGACAACCGCUGCUUCAACCGUAUAUCCAGAAGAUUCAUUUGAAAGUGAAUGAUCCAGGAAGUAAUGUGUUACCUGCGCAAUGGCCAGAAUCUGAAUCCGCCAGGAGAAACAGUUUUCCAGAACAGAGAAGGCGUCCUGCUGGCAAAAGCCAUAGCUUUGGUCCAAGCAGGUUUAGGGGUAACCUAGAAGAUUCUGUUUCUUCCAUAAAAAAAACUGUGCCCGCAUAUCUGAAUCGUGAAAGGCAAGUGGACUUGUCUACAGAUGCAAGCGGUGAUGGAACGGUUGUUCGUAGAACUUCAGAGGCUUCUAAGAGUUCUAGGUAUGUACCAGUGAGAGCUUCGGCCUCACCUGUGAGACCUAGACAGCCUAGGAGUGACCUUGGUCAACUUCCUGUUUCAUCACAACUUAAAAACCGAAAACCAGCUGCUUUGAUACGUAGAGCCUCCAUGCCUAGCUCAAGAAAACCUGCAAAAGAAAUCAAAGACUCUCUGUACAUUUCGAAAACCAGUUUUCUCCACCAGAUAAAUUCUCCUGAUGUGUCAAUGAACGCACCAAGAAUUGACAAGAUUGAGUUUCCGUUAGCGUCAUACGAGGAAGAGCCUUUUGUCCCGGUUGUGCGUGGGAAGAAAAAGAAAGCAUCGUCUAGAGGUUCCUACAGUCCACCUCCAGAGCCACCACUAGACUGCUCAAUCACAAAAGACAAAUUUACUCUUGAACCAGGCCAAAACAGAGAAGGAGCGAUUAUGAAGGCGGUGUAUGAAGAAGAUGCAUAUCUGGAAGACAGGAGUGAAUCAUCUGAUCAAAAUGCGACAGCUGGAGCAUCAAGCAGGGCUUCGUCGGGUGUAAGGAGACAAAGAUUUGAUCCUAGCUCUUAUCAGCAACGAGCCGAGGCAUUGGAGGGAUUGCUUGAAUUCAGUGCAAGGUUGCUUCAAGAUGAGAGGUACGAUGAGCUCAAUGUCUUAUUAAGACCAUUUGGUCCAGGCAAAGUUUCACCCAGAGAAACAGCGAUUUGGUUGUCCAAGAGCUUCAAGGAAACCACUACUACUAAGCUGGGAGAUUGA